AUGAAAAAAAUAUCUUAUCGAGGCAACCGUAUUUGUUUCGGCAGAUAUAUAUAUAUAUAGUUUCCAAACGCUUCAACUCACUUGAAUUGCAUGUGUCCUCCAUAAUUAGAUAUCGUUUUGAUCCAACAAUUUCAUAUAAUGAAUUUUGUGUUUUCCUUACUAAAUAACACGCCUCUAAUUCUAAUUAUGAAGAAGAAGAAGAAAAUUCAUUGAUUGUCCGUUAGAGGAUUGAACAGUUCGAGAUAGUACUACCAUGCAUCUUUUCACGGACAAGUUUAUACACAUUGAGACUUCUCUGUUCUCACUAAUUACUUGAUCUGCUAACAAAUGUAAAGGAACUCAUGAUGAUUUCUCGUUUCUAGGAGUUCGAAUAAAAGUUGGAAAUGUAUAACUUUUGUUGUCAACAGGAUUAAGAGGAUUGUUAGAAGACUCAACAUAUUUAAUCGUUUCGAACUAUAUAUCUAGCUAUUCUAUUAAGGGACUAGAGAUAUAAACCGGCCCUUCCCACCAUUGUGAGAACACACGAUAACGUAAACUGUGGGCUGUGGCAAGAUACGAUACGAUGGGGUUUCCCGCGGAAUUCAACUGUUCAAGAUUGAAAGGGAAAGGGAGGCAGGUUUACCAAAAAAAUAUUAAGGAUGGAAGGCAGAGUAAUUUUCUAAAAAAUUUAUUACUAAUUUGAUCAAAUUAUAAAAACCAGAAAAUUAGGAGAAGCUGACAAAUGCUAAAUACAUUGGAACUGUACUUCUUUGUGUAAUUUGAUUCCGUCGCCUCCUUCUCCUUCUCAUUUCCUCACUACCUUACACAAUAAUUCCCCUUACAUGCUUGCUUUCAACAAUCUUCUUUUUUUUUUUUUUUUCUUUCUUGUGCCUUUUGCUGGGCCUGCAACUGCACAAAUUAGUCAACUCGCAGCUGCCAACUCAAAAUCAGUUCGAUUCAUCUUACUUUAGCUUGGGUUUUGAAAGAACUGGUCAGUUUGUAUCUGUUGCAGUUUUUUUCUGCCCAGAAACUUACUUCCUUUCUGCUCUGAAUUGCUAGCUUGUCAAGUCUGCAACUGAACAGUUUCUUCGUGUGUUCAGUUUGUUGUGGAUUAUUAAAGUAGUGAUCUUUUGAUUACUCAGCCAAUUUCAGAUUCUGGGUUGUUGAUUUCUUUCUUACCCUUUUGAUCAUUUUUUUGUAGUUCUUGAAUUGGAACUUGGAAGUAAUGGUUGGCUGGGUUUUGUGAAGGGUGGGGGGAUGAUAGAGUAAUAUUAUGGUCAAUGGUGGAAGCAAAGGAGGGAGUUCAUCAAUUGUGAGGGAUGCAGAAAGAGAUGAGAUUUUGAAUUUGUAUAGUGGUAGUGGUAGUCAACAGCAACACAAGGGUGAAGGAUCAUCAGAAAGAAGAGUGAUGGAGACUAGUGAAGGAAGAGGGUUUUCUUCAGAUUUGUAUAGGAACACAAGUGAGGAGUUGUUCAUCAAGUCCUUGAUGGAAAGCUCUAUUGGGAUGCCAGCAGCACCAACCAUGGAGAUGCUAGGGUUUAAGAAUCUCCACCACAAUUUUCGCACCGAUAGCGAGGAGCUCUUCAAGAGCUGGCUUACUACUGGAGAGAAUCAUAGCUAUGGAACACCAAGCAUUGCACAUCGAACGCGACAAUCAUCUAAGAGGAUGUCCACUGAAAUCUCAAAUUUGUCAAAUCAGCAACAAGGGCAGGCAACUUUGCAACAGAAAAGAAGUACUGAUGUGCUGUUUACACAACAUAAUCAUCCAACAGCAUACGAUGUCUCGAAUAGACAAUCAAACAAUAAGGGGGCUGUUGACAGAAACAUCCAGUCCAGUAACUUAUACAUGGCCAAGGCCUGGUUUCAAAGUUCUCAACCCAUGACACGGAGCAGAUCUUCUGAACUAAGAAGGAGAUACGUAGCCAUGCAAACUACUGGAGAGAACGAUGAAAGUGGAUUAUUGAAACAAGAGUUUUCAAAUCCAAGUGGACUCGGCAGUGAUCUCUCUAUGCAUGAUGCAACGAAUCAUUUCGGAGCAUUCAACACUCCACACACAGGAAACAUGGAUAAUGUCUCUUCAGUAGUGAGCAUGCUGAAGGGUACCCUCGAACGCAAGAAGCAGCUUGGAAAUCAUGAAACCGUGGAAGACAGCUCAAAUUCGAUCUAUCAUAACGGUCAUGGUCAAGAAGUUAUGAUGAUGAAUAGCUUCAAUCAAGGAAAUGGGGGUGGGAUGGAUAGCUUACAAGAGCUUGCAUCUGCAAUAGCUAAGAACCCCAUGUCUACUGGGCUCUUAGAGACUGUUCAGGAGGUUGUGGAUUUUGAAAUGGAAGGAUAUGCAAAUCAUCCGGUGAACCCAAUGCAGAUGAACACGGUCUCUCGAGAGCCUUCUUCUCUGAGUGAAUCUUCAGCUGCUGCACCAGUCAUUUCAUCUGGGUUCGAUGCAUGUGAUGGUCCUAGUAUUUCGAGUCAAAAUGUGACCACCUGUGAGAGCUCAAAGAAAUCUAUUGGGAAAGAUUCAGAACAAGGUGGUAGAGCCAAAGAGUUCAGAGAAAGGAUCAUUGACAAUCUGAAGGAUGAUAGAAAGAGAGGCAAAGGGCUUGUCCGGUAUGGGUCAGUGACAUCUGCUAGUUCAGUAGAGACAGGAGACCCAACUAAGAAGCGUAGAGUGGAGCGUUCCCGCAAGAUGGCUGAAGCAAAGGAAAGGAAUUUGACACCUGUGGUGCCCUCUGAUAUGCAGUCGGUGAUGAAAAGGUGUGAGAACCUUGAGAAGGAAGUAAGAUCACUCAAGCUCAACUUGUCUUUCAUGAACAGGAAGGAUUCUGAGCAGACUAAGCAGAUCGAAGAACUUCAGAAACGGAACGAGGAUUUGGUAGACGAGAAAGAACGCCUGCUAGAGGAGAUUGAGAGGAUAAUGUCUGAAACCGGGAAGGUCUGAAGCGUUAAAUUUAAUCUCACAGAUGAUGGAUGCUGACAUAUGGUUCUUUCUGCAGCCAACAGUCUAAACUACCUUUUCUUUUUGUGUUGGUAGAGAAGAACACAUCUGAAUUAGGAGUACAGAACCUAGCAACCUUGUGCUUUUGAUUCACACUUGUCUUCCACAUUCUAAUGUCAUAAAAAAGAUACUUAGGACCGACCAUUUGUGAAGAGGUUCUGAUGGGAGGAAGAAUGAUUGAUAUAUAUUUCUUCAGCAAUUGUAUCUCUACUUGCAAUUUCAAAUAUUUGCAGAUAUAACGCUUGAUAAAUUUUCAAGUGUUAU